AUACACAAAGAAAAAAAGGUGGACGUCCACAUGCUGUAGUAUGGAAUUACUUUAAUAAAGGAAUAAAAAUUUCUUCUGGUCAUUACGUUGCUGAUUGUAAAAGUUGUGGAAAGCAUUGGAAUAAGGGUUCUCCCACUAUGAUGGAACAUCACUUAGCUUUUGAAUGUCCAGCAGUUAAUGACUCAGUUAAAUAUGCCUUUCUUGAAGUUAUUUCUAAACGUGAUAAUGAGUCAGUAAAUCAAUCUAACAGAAGAAUUCAACCAUCAAACCAAACUGGUUUAGAGGAUUUUAUUGAAAAAUUGGGAAGAAUCACUGUUAAAAUGAAUAAGCUUUUAGAAAACAGUGAAAAUUUAACAUUGGGUG